GUGGCCUUUAGCCUUUAGUUCACUGCUGCCAUAGUGGCAUAGUGCAGUACUGGACAGCGGACGGAACUGGAUCUAUAUAAGAUUAGUACACUCCGUUCAAUUUCGUUAUCUCAAUUUCCUUAUAAUAUAAAAUGCAGAUAACACCGUCCAGCUUAUAGUGCAUCGUGAUAUAAAUAAAGUAUUCUGAUAGCGAUUAUUGGGGCCGGAGAUUGUUUUUUUUCUCCCUAUUUAUUUACUUUUUAGUUUUUUACGGCCUACUAGUCGGACUUACACACUUUUUUUAUAUCAUAUUCGGAGACAUUAUUUAAAAUUUUUUCUUUCCGAUUUUAAUUGUGAAUCACAAAGGCUCGAAAAUCACAAAUCUCACACUCCGAGGUGUCUGUUGGUUUAUGUAAAAUGGAACGCGGACAGAAAACGAAGAGGAAAAAAAACGUCGUUUGAUUCACAGCUCUUCACUAAUUGGCCUUGUCUCGAGAUGGAAAGAUUGCAAACAUGGUUUGUCCGCAAGGACAAACUAAGCCUGCCACUGUGGCGGACUAUGUCGACAAAAUGUUACAUGGCGUUCAGUGCCCUCAGUGCUGGAGCCACAGUCAUAACAUUUUUUUUGAUAUACUGGUUCUGUGGCGGAUUACUGGCACUAUCAUUUCUGCUUAUGAGUAUUGUCGGGUUUGUUUACCAUUCGGAAGACUACUUAUUAUAUUAUCCAGACCUACCUGAUCACUCUCGUAUUUUUGUACCUCAACCAUCAAUGUAUGGUCUACCAUAUGAGAACAUAUUCAUCAAAAGUUUAGAUGGCACACGUUUACACUUAUUCUUGAUUAAACAACCAGGGGAUUUUUCUAAGAUGGUGCCAACUAUUUUAUUCUUGCACGGGAAUGCAGGGAACAUGGGCCAUAGAUUAACCAAUGUAGUGGGCUUCUAUAAUGAGUUGAGGUGCAACAUAGUAAUGCUGGAAUAUCGUGGGUAUGGAUUGUCACAAGGAUCACCUUCAGAAAGAGGGUUCUACAUGGAUGCAAGUGCUGCAAUAGACUUUAUUUUAACUCGUAAUGAUCUAAAUCUUGGUUGAAUUAUAGUAUUUGGACGUUCGUUAGGUGGUGCAGUUGCCAUUGAUUUAGCUGCUCGGUUAGAAUAUACCCAAAAAAUCUGGUGUGUAAUUGUUGAGAAUACAUUUACAUGUAUACCAGAUAUGGCAACAGAACUUAUGUCUUCUGAACUUUUAAAAUACAUCCCUUUAUUUUUAUACAAGAAUAAGUAUAUGUCCAAUUGGAAAAUGGGCAAACUGCAAGUACCAAUAUUAUUUGUUUCGGGCGAAGAAGAUACAUUAGUUCCUCCAUCAAUGAUGACAAAUUUAUUUGAUGCUUAUUGUGGCCCUCUAAAACAGAUUGUACGAUUUAGAAGAGGUUCCCAUAAUACUACAUGGAACUGUCCAGGUUAUUACCGGAAGAUUAGAAAAUUUUUAAAGAUCACAGCAAAACACAGACCUACCGCUGAAGAUCUCCAUUGUGUCAUCAAAAUUGUUUGACAUUGAUUGUA